UCAUGGGGCCACCGGGCAAUAGGGGAUCAUGGGGCCCCUGUGUCCUUGCUUAAACUCAAAAAAGCCUAUGAAAAAGGUACCAGGGGCAUCUCAUGGGGCCAACUACUGACCCCGGGCCCUCGGGCAGUGCCAGAGUUUCCAAACGGUCAGUCCGCCCCUGGUUCUUGAUCAUGUGACCACUGACAUAAUGGCCUCAUACAGGAACCCCUUAAAGCCUGCAAUCUGUUUAUUGAUGUUCCCCGACAUGAUGCUCUGCACUUAGGGUAUGUUAACAAAUGUCAUCUCCCUCUGAAAAUGUAUAUCCCAACCGAAACAUGACCC